UCAUUCAGAUCAACAUGAAGACCUCUAUCUUUGCUGGUGUUCUGCUGAUCUCUCUGUGCCAACUGUCCAGCGGUUUCUUUGGUUUAUUUGAGGAUGCUGAUAAAAAGUUUGCAAAAAAGUAUAUCAUGGCUUCUAACCAAUGCACCCAGGUGAUGAUGGACAGAGAAUUCGCUGUUGUCGACAAACAUACCUGUAAGCCGGAGAAAACCUUCAUCAGAGCUACAGUGGACGAGGCCCGAGCCGUCUGUGCGGGUAGAGGAAGUGGAGUCAGCGAAGAGACCUUCAAAGUUGUUGAGUGUAAACUCGAUCCUGCUAAUAACAAGCCUCCCAACUGUCAGUACACGGGUGAGGAUGGGGAGAAGAAAAUCCUGGUCACCUGUAACAGAGAUAAAAAACCUACUGAGUUUCAAAUACAAGAGUAAUCUGUUACUACAACUGAUGAAUCAGAGUAAUCUAUUACUACCUGAUGAAUCAGAGUAAUC